AUGCUGUCCGACUCUUCGUCCGCUUCUUCGGAUCGCUCGCUUAGGUUCCCUCUCGACGUUCCUGAUGCUCGUUCGAUCCACGAAUUGGCCAUCCAAGACCUUCCACUUCCAGACACGGAGAAUCCGUUCAGUGUUGCCAUGCACUCCCCGCCAGGUACAGUGUUUCUUUGUUCGUUUCUCUCCACUUCUUCCUUUCACAUUCGCUGUUUGCUUCCAUAUAAAUCGUGGGAAUAACACGGAAGCUUUGCACGUUUUAUGCGAUCGUUUCGACGCGUUUCUGCCCGCGAACAGUUCUCUUGUUGUUCAGGAUCGCCGCCCAUCGCAGUCGGCAGAAAGUCAGUCGAGAAUUCGAUUGUCGCGGAGAUGCCUCUCGAGAUCGCACCGAGUCAGAAGUCGUCGCAGCACACCAAUCGACCGCCGCCGUUCGAAAAGCCCGACGAGGAUACGGUACGUUGCUACGUCACGGAGAUGUCUGGUCAUUGAUACUUUAAGGAGCGACAGAACAUUGUGGAGCGUGUCCGACCGAAGUUCGCCAUCGACAAUGAAUUGAUUCGCGCCUUUCUCGCAGAGCUUUUCUGCACAGGCUUUCUGGUCGUGAGUUCCUUCCGUUCCCAUCGUCCCCCCUAUCGAUUUAUUUUCUUUUCAGUUCGGAGGCGAGUGCGUCAAUGCCCAAUACGUACUCUCGAAAGGAAAGAACAACGAAUGGAUCGGAAUUUCCGUCGGCUGGGGACUCGUUCUCAUGUUCGCCGUUAUCAUGGGCUCGCGGAUAUCCGGAGCUCAUCUCAAUCCAGCCGUGUCCUUCUUCCAACUCACUCAGGGCAAAAUCAACGUUAUCAGGUUUCUGGUGUACGUAAUUGCUCAGAAUAUCGGUGCUUUUCUCGGAGCAUUCGGGGUGUUCUGUGUGUAUUUCGGUCAGUCAUUGUUAAGUGUUUUCCAACCACACGUUCCAUUUCCAGAUGCGAUCAAUUCAUUCGAGGAUGGCAAUCGGACAGUAACCGGCGCCACCGCUACUGCUUCCAUAUUCGCCACGUACCCCGGACCUUUCCUGGGAACGUUCAAUGCGAUCGUCGAUCAGAUCGCCGGCACGAUGGUCCUUUGUCUUGGCGUCGCGGCCAUCUCGGACCCUCGCAACCGAAUUCCCUCGUUCCUCCAGCCCGCUUGGAUCGGCGCUCUUCUCGCCUUCAUCGGAAUGUCGAUGGCUCUGAAUGCCGGGUACGCGAUCAAUCCGGCCAGAGACUUCGGCCCCCGCCUGUUUACUCUUUUCGCUGGAUACGGAUGGCAAGUGUUCAGUUUUCGGGACUACAAAUGGUUCUGGAUUCCGAUUGUUUGUCCGAUGAUCGGAGGAGUUCUCGGAGCGUGGGUCUACGAAAUAUUCAUUGGCUUCCAUAUUCGAGAUGAAGAAGACGAGAAGGCGGAUAAUAUUCUGAUUGUUGACGACCGAGAUCUCGAAGGACAACUCUCAAAUUUUUCAGAGAAGAAACAGUACUUGUGAAAUAUAAUUUGAUCAUUUAAUUCCAACUUUUCAGACUCAGCGACAUUGCCUCCAUCCACCAAGACCCCGCUUAUCGAAACAUUUAA